UUUUUGUGACUUUCUACCCGCAGUUCUCAACAAACAAGUUUUGCCCGCUUAAAUCUUUUGCCCGUCUACUGUGUGUUGUUGCCCUAUUUUGCAGCAUGCAGAAGCAAGGAGAUUAUGAGAAUUCGCUUCUUGUGGUGGAGCCGAGUGUUGAUAAAUCCAAGGUCGCUGAUACGGUAUCUGAUGUCUGUAAAGAAAUGAGGGCAUCUGAGCUCAAACUUCGAUCCGCUGAACAAAUCAUCAGAGAGAAGGAGAGGGAAAUUGCACGUUAUAAAUUCGCUGAUAGGAUCCGUGCGGUGAUUGUGAGUGGAGACACCCCAAAAGCUUCGGACAUUGCUGAAAUGGAGAGAAUUUUGGAAGUUUGGAAAAGUUCUCUUGUUCCGACUACGAACGAAUAUGGCGUUGUACCGGGUGUUCAGCGUGAGAAUCGAAGGUAA